AUGUCCUCUUUCCAAGAUCCCCCCUUGAGCUUCCACCUACUCCCCUCCUGAUAUCCACAUUUUCUUUUUUUUGAUACCCUGUUUCUACUAGUUAUUAAAACUACUUCUCUCCCCCACUUGGUUCUCCUCCCUCCUAGCUUCGAUACAUAGAACACCUUGGCUCCUCGUCUUGGUGUUCGAAACAACAAUGAUUGUCGUUAACAUGCCAAGCAGGACCUCAACUUCUGAGGACGAUGGGACCGACCAAAUUGGUUACGAUACUCCGCGAUCCGGCAUCGCUACGCCGCAACCUGAUCUGUCUGACAAACGAUUGCCGGGUAUUAUGAGCUACUUUGGUCAGGUUCGUUUAACCUCUUUACCUUGUUCCCGUGGCUCUUCCAUUUCUUCCCGAGCACCAGAGACUGAGUCGAUACACCCUACCUGUCCCCAGGAAGAGAAGGAAGCGCACACCGUACCUCAACAACUACCGACCCCGGAAUCGGAUUUGAGCAGCAAGGACGUCACGCCUGACACUUCGCCUCUCCUUCCACAUGAGAGGAUAGAACCCCUGGCAAAAGUACAGUCCUCGCAACAAGCAGUCUCCGAUAUCCAUCCCUACCCUACGCCUCCAUGUUCACAGACACCAUCAGAAAGAGGUGCCAAGUUAUCCGAUGCGGGUGGUGAUUCCGACACGGCCGCUAGCGGUCCGUCAAGUCGAUCAUCUCUGAACAACAAGAGCGCCACCGAUCUCUCCCAGCUCAAAGUUCGGAGAGCCACUUUAGCAUCUCCCCUCACGAGCAUAGUCACUACAUCCAGCGUUCUCGCGAGCCAUCUCUCUAUCCCCGGCGAGCGCGAGCGUGCCUCUUCAACUACACCAAGUUCUCCCUCGGAUACCCAGCCCCCCUCUGGGGAUGCUAGCAGUUUCUCCUCUAACUCCGCCUCGAUUGAUCGACUCAAGAAGCUAACUGACGUUGGAUCGAAAAAGAGCGGUCCUUCGACACCUACUAGAACGCUCUCGACUACCCAUUCGUCUCACGCCGAAGAAAGGUCGCCUUCGAAGCUCAGCGGAGAUGGCUCAGACACGGGUGGCAGGCAAACACCUGUCUCUUCUGCCUCGAGUACCGGUGCGCAAGCGCCACCGCAAAGAGGCAAGCUUACCAUUAAGAUUCUGGAGGCAAGAGGGCUCCGAAAGAGCCGGGACCCUUAUGUUGUCGCGGUGUUCCAGAGAAGCGAGCUAAUCUCGCAUGGACCGCGAACAUUCGAAGAUGAAGAUGAGUCACCACCCCAACCGGUGGCGAUGGGAAUGGGUGGUCUCCCCAUACAACGUCAAGGUAGCGAUCCUGGCCGUGCGAUGGCGAUACCUAUGCGCAGCCGUCAAAGCAGCAAUACUAGCAUCAGUGACUAUAAUACGUUUCGCAAUCGUCCGCGAAGAUCAUUCACCAGCCCUAAGUGGGAUGCUGAAGCAGAAUUUGAUGUUGUUGAUUCAGACAUGCUAGUGGAUAUCUCGAUAUAUGAUCACGGCGCACAAGGAGAAGAAUUUUUAGGUCACGUCGACUUCCAAGCUAUCAUUCCCGGCAAGGAUGAGCCCGUACGAGGUUGGUACCCGUUAAGAGGAAAUGUCGACACAACACCCGAGAAGACUCCCACCGGCGAGAUAUUUGUCGAGGCCAUCUACCAACGAACCGAGAAAAAACACUACGGACCAGACGACUUCCAGAUCCUACGAUUAAUUGGAAAGGGCACGUUCGGUCAAGUUUACCAGGUGCGCAAGAAGGAUACCGGACGCAUAUAUGCCAUGAAGGUUUUAUCGAAGAAGGUCAUCGUUCAGAAGAAGGAGGUUGCACACACAGUCGGAGAGCGAAACAUUCUCGUUCGUACAGCGAUGUCAGAGUCACCAUUCAUCGUAGGCCUGAAGUUCUCCUUCCAGACCCAGAAUGAUCUCUUCCUUGUUACCGACUACAUGUCCGGUGGUGAGCUCUUCUGGCACCUUCAGAAAGAGGGACGAUUCGAUGAAAAGCGAGCCAAGUUCUAUAUCGCAGAACUUAUCCUUGCCAUCCAACACCUUCACAACAACGAUAUUGUCUACCGUGACUUAAAACCUGAAAAUAUCCUACUGGACGCGAACGGUCACAUAGCUCUUUGCGACUUUGGAUUAUCGAAGGCCAACCUCACCCAAAACGAUACAACUAAUACGUUUUGCGGAACUACAGAGUAUUUAGCCCCGGAGGUAUUACUCGACGAGGCUGGAUAUACAAAGAUGGUGGACUUUUGGUCUCUUGGUGUUCUAGUGUUCGAGAUGUGCUGCGGUUGGAGUCCCUUCUAUGCGGAGGACACACAGCAGAUGUACAAGAACAUCGCCUUCGGCAAAGUGAGGUUCCCACGAGACACACUGUCCCAGGAAGGCAGAAACUUUGUCAAGGGAUUACUUAACAGGAACCCGAAACAUCGUUUAGGUGCUGUCGACGAUGCAGAAGAACUAAAGCGUCACCCGUUCUUCGCGGAUGUCGAUUGGGACAUUUUGUCUAAGAAGCUCAUAACUCCUCCUUUCAAGCCGAAGUUAAAGUCAGAAACUGAUGUUUCAUACUUUGACCCCGAGUUCACCAACGCUCUGAACACCAACGGUUCGUUGAACGAGCGCGCACAACAGCUAGCUACAGGCUUCGCCACAUCAACACCACUGUCGCCAACUACGCAAGCAAACUUUCAAGGUUUCACAUUUGUUGACGAAAGUUCACUAGAUGAUCACAUGAAAGGACGAUAUAUUGACGAAGAGAUGGAUGACGUAGAUCGUCGAGAUAACGACUGGGAUGAUCUCGAAGAUCUUGAUCUCCGGAAAGCAAACAGGAUGAGUGGUAUCGUAAAGACUGGCAACAACGAGGAGGCGUUUGGCGAAUCGCAUUUCGACAUAUGACACGAAUAUUUGUUUUUGUUUUCAAGCUCUUUUACGACACGAGAAUGAGCCAAUCUGCUCGUUCCCGGCAUUUGCAAUGGUUUCAGCCAUUGCUUUAAAAUUCAUGUCAUCACAGCAUGGGGCGGCAUAUUGCAUGAGGUGACAAUUGGCAGAGGUUACUUCAGUCACUGCGGAAGGUCAGGGCGUUUGGUAAUUGCAAAUAGUCUGAAAUCAUGGGCACAUACGUACACGAGACUACGGAAGCUUUCGAAAAUACCUACCCAAAUUUACCCGUUUCAAAUCACAAAGGAUCAGUAUGAGCCAUAUUGAUCCCGUCCUUUUUCUUCACUUCAAUUCGGAAUUCUUCCGCAGGGGUUUCUAG